AUGGUUCUCCCACUUCCACAAUCACAUUACACGCUCCGCACUCUCCACCCUUCCUCUUGUCCUCGUCUUGCUUCUCCCUCACCCCACCUGCACUCAUCUCCUAUCUCUCUACUCUUAACUCGACCUAAAAGUUUCCAGCUAACCCCCCGGUACCUCCACUGCCCCAUACCCACUCUCAUCCCCCCUUCCCCCCCCCCCUACCACCUCCUCCUCUACCCCCCUGUUCCUCUCUCCCUCUCUACCUCUCCUCAUAACGGCGUCCCUAAGUACGCGCGGUUCACUGUGCGCACGUACGCGCGCUUCACGGUGCGCAUGUUUCAGGGAGUGAUCGAGUCGGUGGUCCGCACAUCCCCCAUCACUUCCCUUCCCCCCUCCUCCCCUCUUCCUCCCCCUUUUCUCUCCAUAACCCCCUUUCCCCCCUCCCCCAUUCCCCCAGGUACGCGCGCUUCACGGUACGCGCGCUUCACGGUGCGCAUGUUUCAGGGAGUGAUCGAGUCGGUGGUCCGCACGUCCCCCAUCACACCCCACGCCGUCACCAACGCAGCUGAUAGUGAUGGUGGUUCUGAUGCUAGUGCUGCUGAUGGUGCUGCUGGUGGUGAUAGUGAUGCAGCAGCAGCGAGUGGCAGGGCUGUACACGUUAUAGACGGAACCGAUAAGAUGCUACUACCGGGGAUGGUCAACGCACACACGCACAGCAUAGAGGCGUGGGGCAGAGGAGGAAUCGUGCCUCUGGGUGGACGCUCCAUCCUCUCCCAUGAACCCACGCAUUCUGAGGUGCCUUUAGAAGCACUUUCCCUCCUGGGGUUAUUCAGCACACUCAUGUGA